CGAACGGUGUAUUCCAGUGUAAACCGUGGUGCGUUCUUGUUCGUUCCGGUGAAUAAUUUGCAUUUAGUUUAUUUUCCCUGCAUCCAGAGAUCUUCUCAACCUCCCUCAUCACACAAUGGCAGCAUGGGUUGGAAAGAAAUACAAGAUGGAGAAAUCGGAAGGAUUCGAUGAGUACAUGAAGGCUCUCGGUGUCGGCAUGGUGCUCCGCAAGCUCGGUAACAGCAUUUCGCCGACGGUCGAGUUGAUCAAGGACGGAGACGAAUACACCUUGAACACACUGUCCACCUUCAAGAACACCACCAUCAAGUUCAAGCUCGGCGAAGAGUUCGAGGAGGAGACGGUCGAUGGUCGCAAGGUCAAGUCCGUUGUCACCAUGGACGGUGACAACAAGCUGAUCCAUGAGCAGAAGGGCGAGAAACCCACCACCAUAAUCCGCGAGUUUACCGAUAGCGAUUUGACUGCCACCAUGACCGCUGGAAGUACCAAAUGUGUCCGCUACUACAAAGUCGCCUAAGCAUCUGAGCAACCAAUUACAGACACACACACACAUAAACACAUCACUCGAAGUGACUAUUUUCGACACAACAUCAUUUAUCUGGCGAUCCUAGUCAUCACAUUUUUUUUGCUUGAUCCUUUCAUGGGGAUCCAGAUCAACGACAAAGUCACAACACACAAAUCAAGCGAAGGCACGCUUUCUUGACAAAUCACGUUUAUUCCAUUUUUUAAAGGUGAAAACAAAAAAAAAUACACACUUUGUUCCACGCCGGUUUCAUUCAACCUCAUUCUAUUAGUGAUUAGUUCAAACGACGUUGCCAAGUAUCUAUUUUUGGAUAUUACAGUUAGUAUGAUUGAGCCUGAAGCAUUUUAUAUAAAUAGAAAGAACAUUCUGGAUUGAUUUCAAA